CGCCGCCAUGGACCUGCUCGUCACCAAGAUCGUGGUGCUCACGCUGCUGGGCGUCAUCCGGCUGGUGUGCGGCCUGCUGCCCCUCAAGAUCACCAAGCGCCUGCAGCUGUGGGGCGACCAGCCCGACGCGUCGCACCUGCUGGUGCAGCGCCGCCGCCUGCAGGUACUCGACCCGCUUGGCCCAGCUGGCGCUGCUCGAGGAGCAAAGCGACCAACCCGGCUCUCCGGGGUGUUGGCGGCGCGAACUGGCAGAGUAGGUACGCCCCCGCCCCCGCCACCGCCACCGCCCUUCGCCCCGCCCCGCCCCGCCACCGACCCUCGCCACCGCCACCGCACCGCCACCGUCUUCGCCUCCGCCUCCGCCACCGCCACCGCCACCGCCACCGCCACCGCCUCCGCCACCGCCACCCCCACCGCCACCCCCACGCCACCCCACCGCCACCCCACCGCCACCCCCACCGCCUCCGCCACCGCCAGCCCCACCGCCUGCGCCACCGCCUCCGCCUCCACCUCCGCACUCCGCCUCCGCCUCGCCUCCGCCUCCACCUCCACCUCCAACCUCCACAUCCGCCACCGCCUCCGCCACCGCCUCCGCCACCGCCACCGCCACCGCCACCGCCACCGCCACCGCCACCCCCACCGCCUCCGCCACCGCCACCCCCACCGCCUCGCCCCCCCACCGCCACCCCCACCGCCUCCACCUCCACCUCCGCAUCCACCGCCUCGGGAAUCCUUCUCACUAUACAUAUGA